AUGUCUUUCGCCAGGACGUUCCUUCGCACUUCGCGUGCUCUGCGCACCAACACCUCCAACCCGAUGCAAUGCGCCUUGAACACCAGCGGCCAGAAGCAACUCAUCAACGCCACACGGACAUAUGCCACAGUCUUUGAGCGUAGCAAGCCUCACGUCAACAUUGGAACCAUUGGGCACGUCGAUCACGGAAAGACAACCCUCACAGCAGCCAUCACCAAGCGACAAGCAGAGAAAGGCUUCGCCAACUUCCUCGAAUAUGGCGCCAUCGACAAAGCGCCCGAAGAGCGAAAGCGCGGCAUCACCAUCUCCACCGCCCACAUCGAAUACCAAACCGACAACCGCCACUACGCCCACGUCGACUGUCCCGGUCACGCCGAUUACAUCAAGAACAUGAUCACUGGUGCCGCCUCCAUGGACGGCGCCAUCAUUGUCGUAGCCGCUAGCGAUGGUCAGAUGCCCCAGACGAGGGAACACUUGCUGCUCGCCCGGCAAGUCGGUGUCAAGAGAAUCGUAGUCUUCGUCAACAAGGUUGAUGCCAUUGAGGAUAAGGAGAUGUUGGAGCUUGUCGAGAUGGAGAUGAGGGAGUUGCUUUCAUCCUACGGCUUUGAGGGAGACGACACUCCAAUCGUCAUGGGUUCCGCCCUCUGCGCACUGGAGUCUCGCCAGAACGACAUUGGCGUGGAGAAGAUCGACGAGCUCCUCAACGCCGUAGACGAGUGGAUCCCAACCCCAGAGCGCGAAAUGGACAAGCCCUUCCUCAUGUCCGUCGAGGACGUCUUCUCCAUCCCAGGCCGUGGCACGGUCGCAUCCGGCCGUGUCGAGCGUGGUGUGCUGAAGAAGGACUCCGAAGUCGAGCUCAUCGGCAAGAACAACGCCCCCAUCAAGACCAAAGUCACCGACAUCGAGACCUUCAAGAAGUCCUGCGACGAGUCCCGCGCCGGUGACAACUCCGGUCUUCUCCUCCGUGGUGUAAAGCGUGACGAUGUGCUUCGUGGUAUGGUCAUCGCCCAGCCAGGCACUACCAAGGCGCACAAGAAGUUCCUGACUUCAUUGUACGUGCUCACGAAAGAGGAGGGUGGACGCCACACUGGUUUCGCCAACAACUACAAGCCACAGCUUUUUUUGCGAACUGCUGAUGAGUCUGCGGCGCUUACAUGGCCAGAGGGCAGCGAGGGCGAGAAGGAGGGCAAGCUAGUUAUGCCAGGUGACAAUGUGGAAAUGGUGUGUGAGAUCCACAAGCCACUUGCCAUUGAGCAGGGACAGCGCUUCAACGUUCGUGAGGGAGGCCGAACUGUCGCUACUGGUCUUAUCACCCGUGUGCUCGCAUAG